AUCUGUGUAAAAACAUUUAUAUAAUAUGGACCCAAAUGCAAAUGGUGUGCCGCCGCCACUGCCAUCCAAUGAACGUGAAUGGCGUAUGUUCGAACGGCAAUAUGGACGGUGGCUCAAAGAUAACGCAAGCACAAUCACAAGAGAUGAAGGAGAUAUGUUCAGAAAAGCUACAUAUAGCUGCCUAGGAUUAGGAGUUUCCGCAGGGUUACUGAUUAACAUGGGUCUGUCAAAGGUUAACAUCAUAAAGAAGCCGGCGUCUAGACGUAUGCUGUCUGUUUUCACAGCAUUUUACUUUACUGCCUUAUGCAUCAACCAGAAACGCAGACCACUAUAUAAUAAGUUGCUGUCCUCACCUGGGUCACUUGGAGUCGCCGCCAGGAAAAUACUGAAUGAUGUUCGAAGAAUUCCACCAGUGUCAGAAAAUGGUUAUACCACAGAGGUUCCACCAUCUGGUGUACAUUCUACUCCCCAAACGGGCAUCGCUGCUGAGUCAUCAGCUACAUACGAUAACUUCGUAGAACCAAUUGAGCCGUUUUUUACCGAUUCAAACAGCAGCAUAUCGCAAGAGAACAACAAGAGGACUGGUUUUGAUCAACCGAGUGCUGGUCCAUACAAAACCUGGGAUGAUAUACGCAGGGAGAAUGUCAGUGCUGAACAACAACCACCGAGGGAGAUUUAAAGAUUGGUCAGCA